GCUGAAAAGUAUCAAGUGAAAGGAUUACUCAUUUACAAUGAUGGAACAUCACCAGAUGGUUUUAAUCCAAUGCAGGGAUUGGUCAAUGGAGUGGACAAUGCCAGUGUAAUUGUGGGUAUUAAUGUUAGUGACGCAAAUGGUAUUGGAAAUAUUUGUGCUGAUACACAAACAGGAGAUAAAACUAAAACAGUUGUCGUUGGCGCUCAUAGUGAUGGAGUACCAGCAGGAAGUGGGAUCAAUGAUAAUGGUAGUGGUACUGUUGGUAUUUUGGUUUUAGCUCUUAAUAUAGCUCGUUUAUUUCAAACAUCUUCUUUGCAAUAUUCCACAUAUCAAUAUCGUAUUCGAUUUUGUUGGUGGGGUGCUGAAGAACUCGGUCUUAUUGGUGCUAGAUAUCAUGUUGAACAGGCUCUCUUACCAAGUACUAACAUUGUCGGUGAACGUUUACAAGAUUACCUAGUCAAUUUAAAUUAUGAUAUGUUAGCUGGUCCUAACUAUCGUUUUGGUAUUCAUGAUAGUUCAACAGUUCCAUUGACAACACCAGAAACAGCUCUAAAUGGUACUCGUAGAAUUACGGAUCUUUUUCGUCAAUGGUUUAAUAAACAAAAACUUCCUUGGAGUAAUUCUUCACUUGGAGGCGGAAGUGAUUAUGUUCCAUUUCUCGCUGCAGGUAUAGCAGUCGGUGGAGUUAAUACAGGAGCUGGAGGAAUUAAAUCGGCUAAUGAACGAGAUCAAUAUGCAACAGUAUUAGGAACAGGAAAUGGUGGAAUAGCCAACGCUGCUUAUGAUCCAUGUUAUCAUCAACAAUGUGAUAGAAUUAGAAAUAUCAAUCCAUUUGCAUACGAAAAAGUUGUUAAAUCGGCUGCUCAUGCUAUUGAAUAUCUUGGAAGAUUGAACGAUUUAGAAAAAUGGCUUUAUCCACAAGGUCGACCAAAGAACUUUGAACUAGUCAAUCGAUAUCAGUUAUUUAAUAUUCAUAACGAUCUAGAUCUUAAUUGGGCUUGA